CGGAAGACAGGUGCGUCCGCCGUCCAGUCAGCGUGCGUCUGAAUCUGCGCUGAGCUGUCAGCGCUACGCAAGGCUGCCUCUCUUAUUCACUGGGAGUAUUUACAACUUAAGACUUUUGACCAUUUUAAGCAUCAUGUUAUGUAAUUUUAGAAACACGCUCGUGUGCGCAGGCGUGAGAUAAGGGUGCAGUAAAAGCCCGUGAAAUGAAAGGCUGACAUUCAGAGCUGUCACUUUAAUCAUCGCUGGAGCUUAAUACCUGAGGACUGUAAACACAGACUGAGAGAGGACGACUCAACACUUAACCCUGACAGUGAACCAUGGCGACACCAGGCAGGGCCGAGGGACAAACCAGACGGUUCAUCAGCGGGGUUGUGGAAGGUUUUUAUGGGCGGCCAUGGACUAUGGAGCAAAGAACAGAGCUGUUUAAAAGAGAACAGAAGUGGGGUUUGAACACGUACCUAUAUGCUCCCAAGGAUGAUUACAAACACAGAAUGUACUGGAGGGACCUGUACUCGCCUGAGGAAGCAGAACAACUCAUCGCCCUGAUAUCAGCAGCCAAACAACACAAUGUGGAGUUCAUCUAUGCGAUCUCCCCCGGCCUGGAUGUUACUUUUUCGAACCCCAAAGAGGUUGCUGCCUUGAAGCGAAAGCUGGAUCAGGUGAAGGAGUUUGGUUGCAGGUCCUUCUCUCUGUUGUUUGAUGACAUCGAGAGAGAGAUGUGUCCGUCUGAUAAGCAGGUCUUCAGCUCCUUCGCCCACGCUCAGGUGUCCAUCACUAAUGCAGUGUACCAGCACCUGGGAGAACCUGAGACCUUCCUCGUCUGUCCCACAGAUUAUUGUGCUGCGUUCUGCACUCCCACUGUGUCCCAGUCCUCUUACCUGAACACUGUGGGUGAGGGGCUGCUGCCAGGGAUCGACAUACUGUGGACAGGUCCCAAAGUGGUGUCCCACAAAAUCUCUGUUGAGUCCAUAGAAGAGGUGUCCUCGGUUCUGAGGAGGCCACCAGUCAUCUGGGACAACAUCCACGCCAAUGACUAUGACCCCCAAAGACUCUUCCUCGGACCCUUUAAAGAUCGUCCCACUGAGCUGAUUCCCAAACUGAGAGGAGUCCUCACCAACCCCAACUGUGAGUUCUACCCAAACUUUGUGGCCAUCCACACGCUGGCGACGUGGUGCAAAGCAAACACAGAAGGAGGACAGAGAGAUGUGGAAAUGGGCGAUGAGGAGCAGGACUUGUGCUAUAGUCCCCAAAAAGCCCUGACACUGGCCCUCACUGACUGGCUGCAGGAGUUUUUGAACACUGAUCAGCCUGGAGGCCCGUGUCUUAAGGCUCGACUAAAGAAAGAGUCAUCGGAUGAGGAGCCCAUGCAGACAGACAUGGGAGAGGCUUCCUAUGUACCUGGUCCAGGAGACAACCCACUGUACACAGCAGAACCUCUGACCCUGGAGGACCUGAAGCUGCUGUCAGAACUCUUUUACCUGCCGUACGAACACGGGUCCACAGCCCAGAGCAUGCUGCAGGAGCUGAACUGGCUCAAGAACAACGGUGCGGCCGCCACAGCAGAGACGGACAAGACUGGGGAGUGGUGCUCAAGAGCGCAGCAGUUCGAUGACAUGUGUGAGGCAGUGGUGCAGAUGUUCAAUCGCCUGUCCAACGCGCCCAACCGCAGCAUUCUGUACGACCUCUACAACUACAUCUGUGACAUCAAGAGCGGGGUCGGCCUGGCUCGAGCCUACGUGAAAACACUCGGAGGGCAGGGGCAGCCCUCAGCCCAGCUCAUGAAUGAAGAUCCUGAACCCUGGGGCUUCAGAGGAGGCCUCUCUGGAGAGUUUCAGAGGAUGCUGCCGUGUCAUGGAAACAGAGACCUGUUCAGACAUCCGCCCAUGACUGCGGUUUACUGCAUACGACCAUACUGCCCCAAUGACAAGAUGGAGGUGCAGAAGAUUUUCAGGGAGAUGCAGAGACAUCAGAUGGUGCAACCUCCGCUGAUCUGCGACAGCCUGUCAUCAGGUGAGAUCCCCCCGUCCCCUCAGUGUGCUCUGGUCCUGGAGGAUGAUAUUGGCAUGUGUGGCUAUGCUCUGGCACUAACUGAUGCCAAACCAGCCGCAGCUAAGAUUCAGAGGGCUGUAAGUGACUCUGUGCUGGAGGACUUCCCCUCCCUGCUCACCAUACAAGUGCUGCCCCGGGUCACUGAUCCCUCUCCAGCCAAGCGUUUGAUUAGUUGGUUGUUGUCAUCCGUCAGAAGCAGCGGUUGCAGAGGAGCUUUCUGUGAGUUGAGGGAGAGCGAUCGAAGAAUGCUCGACUUUUACACCAAACUGGACUCCUUCACGCCCAUAAAGACGGCCGGUCUACCUCAAGACAUCAUUGCCAUGGGAACAAGCCUGUGAACAAGAUCAAUCAAGGUUUGUUUUGAUGAUCUGACGCUGAGCUACAGCUGCUGUCUCUGCAGCGAGUCAGACUACAAUCCACUGUCAGUUUUAAUCCUCUCAUAUCAUUAUAUGUUUAAUUAACUUGCCAUCAAAUGUAUCAAUAUCCUCCAUGACGUAGGUUGAAGAGUCAGGCACUACUACUGACCUCAUAGUGAUAAUGCUUUUUAUAAAUGUGUUUAUUUUUUUCUACUUAAAAGUGUUCAAUCCAGCACAAAAAUAAAAAUGUUUGAACAAUC